AUGUACUUCCACGCUUCCUCCGCCUUGCUGGCCGUGCUCGCAGUGCCGUUCAUCACCGGCUCCCCUAUCACCCUUCCGCGCGCUGAGCCACAGGGUUGCUCAGACACCUCCUUCAAGAGCUUUGAAUGGAUCGCGCGCAGCUUCGACUUCCACGCGUCGUACGUCUUCUCUACGCCCGCCCACCAGAACUCGUGGGGCUAUGUGUCGUUCGACCUGUACAACACCGCCGACCAGUCGACGGCCCACUGCGAGGCACGGAGCAACCAGCUCAGCGACUUCUUCUAUGGCACCAUGCCGUACACGUGCAACGACACGCUGAGGUCGGGAUCCACGACCUUUGAUUUCGCGCGACCAACCAACCGGUUGCGGGUGAACCAGACAUGGACCUGCGACGAUCAGGACCCGCAGUGGCCAAUCUCGUUUACGGGCUACGGAGACGCCAACCUCACGCUGCAAUGCACCGAGUCGACGUGGCAGAACCCUAACUGGACCAUGGGCCAGCUCUACUCCACGCGCGACAUCAAGUGCGCGCCCGUGGAUGCCACCGUCAAGCCAACUGAGUUGACUGCGGUUGCAUGA